AUGACCAAGACUCAGGAGAUAUUACUACUGGUACCUUGCUCCCAUACAUCUUUCGAGGCAAAGGGAUUAUUCAGUGUUGACAUCGUUCAAGUUUACAACUGCAGAACAGUAUCAACUUGGUCUGGUGAUAUGGCUCUGUCGGUUUCCUUCUCACUCAGAAACCUCACCACAUAUGCCGUCGUGUACGGGUGCGACGAUGAGGCCGCGGACUUUCUCAUAGAACAACUCACUGGAACUGACCACCCUGUCUUUCACCCCAUGCUCCUGCCGACUCUGCUUGCCGAUAUAGAGAGGGAGCGCCAUGUUAAGCUCUUGCGCAAGAAUUCCGGCAAGAUGGGGCAACUAACGCUUGACCUAACGGUAAACAAGGGCCAAGAGAUACCAAAGAGUACUGAAUCCAGUUCCCAACUCGACGAUGAUGAGGAGGAGCCCAUUGAGCUGUGGCAAGACAUGAGCAAUUUGCAGAAUGGGUUCCAGAACUGGCAGCAGCAGAUGCGAAGGAUGGUGAUCCACCUUGAACGGUCAUCCAACGCCGCGGCUCCAGACUCGACACACUACGAUUUGGAGAUUCAGAAGAAUUUGGAGAAACUAAAGGUUCCCAGUGUCCGGAUCCAAAAGAGGCUGGAGGAGCUAAUCAGCGAAUACGACGAGCACAUUCGCGAUUGUGCUACCGUGACUGGGGGGUUAAAGCUGGCAAUGUCCAUGGACACCCGCAAAACAAACCAAGAAAUCGCCCACAGCAGCCUGCAGGUUUCCAGUCUAGCGCAGAAGGAUGGCAGCUUGAUGAAGUUGAUAGCCUUCGUCACAAUGUUCUUUCUCCCGGCCACCUUUACUUCAACUUUCUUCUCGAUGGACUUCUUUGACUGGCCCAAGGCGCCCGGCAACAUUGCAACCGGAUACAUAUGGGUGUACGCACUUGUUGCAGCUAUUCUUACGCUCAUUACAGUGGGUUUGUUCACCUGGAGGCUUAGGGGGAGGAAGGCCCGGAAGGGAGGGAACGAUGGCCAGGUUGCGGAGGUGUAG